GGUGGUAGUGAGCAAAAAAUCCUAAAUCACGAUACGAAUGAAGUCACGCCACAGCCAAUGAAAGACGAAAACACACCACAUACUGACGAUACAGUAAAGAAAGUUGUACUACUUGGAGGGGUUGCGAAUGGUGGUGAUGUGCAACAGAAUGCAGCUGAUGAUGCUGAUAAUGCUUCAUAUGCAGAUAGCGCCAACGAUGCAAACGCCGAACUUGAUUUUAGUACAUUUACACUCAACAAUAUCGAUUAUACAGGUGAUGUACCUGGCGAUGCAGCUGUUGAUGAUAUGUUACCUGUACCACCGGAUGGCGGUUAUGGAUGGGUGAUCGUUAUCGCAGCAUUCGUAUCGAACUUUGUUGUUGAUGGAAUAUCGAAUUCAUUCGGUGCUUUUAUGACUGUUUAUCAAGAUCAUUUCAAGGAAUCGAAAGCAGUUAUAUCACUCAUUGGAUCACUUUUAAUUGGUUGUUAUCUUCUAAUCGUUGAUUCAUCAACAGCGACUUCGGAAAGUUUAUCACCAAGCAUUGUAGGUCCGUUUGCUGGAGGUCUGGUCAACAAGUAUGGUGCCAGAGUGGUCGUCAUUGCAGGUUCUGUACUCACGGGUUUGUCGUUUGCAGCGUCCAUUGUUGCACCAAAUGUUUAUACGUUUAUGUUCUUCUACGGGUUUCUUGGAGCACGACCACAUGUUUCAGGCGCUGGCUUCGGUUUGAUAUAUCUACCGUCGAUAGUUUGUGUGAGCUUUUAUUUUGAAAAAAAACGAUCGAUGGCUACUGGAAUUGCAGUUGCCGGUUCCGGUGUUGGCACCUUUUUGUUACCGCCACUUUGUAUAUAUUUCAUUAACUCAUAUGGAUGGCAGGUAACCGUUUGCGUUCUGGCUGGUAUCUCACUCACAUGUGUUGGCUUUGGUGCUCUCUACAGGCCACUUCAAGUUAACAAGUCGCCUGAUGAUAAGGAGAAGAAGCCAAUAAAGCCUGCUGAUGUCGAAAAUCGUCCUGUGUCAGAUUUGUCGGGUGAUGGUAGUGAAAGUCCAGGGAAGAAACAACCUCGUGCAUCAUCUGUAACUGCAAAUGGUGAACCAGAUGGUGGUGUUGUUGAAGAUUCUGUAGCGUUUGCACGACUGCGAUCGGCAUUGAGCGAAUGCGAAAAUGACGCCGAGAGCCCAACAACGCCAUUACGUCCACAGUUAUCAUCGAUCUCCGAGAAUAAGGUGUUGAAUAAAAGUCGCGCUGGUUCCACUCACUAUUCACAUCCAGAUAAAUCACAUGCACCCGCAUCCCGUACUCGCAAAUUAACGCAAGCUAGUAUCACGAGCGAUGUGACGUCCACUAAUGAUCUGAAGCAGAGUCGUCACAAUCUUUCGAAUCAACUCAGCAGGAUUUCGGCACGAAGUUACGCACAAUCAAUCAGUCGUCUAUCCCAGUGUCCUCAAACAUUAAAAGGCGCUCAGUCGAUGGUGUCUGUUGUUAGUAACAUUGAUCCAAAAGAGUUCACAAGACCGAUGAACAGACGCGAUAUUUUCUAUCAAGGCUCAAUCAAGAAUCUACCCGAAUUUGAAGACGAAGGAAGGAAUUAUCGUAGUUAUCGUGAAUCACAAAUUUCCAUUCCUGCAUCAGUGGUAGCACAAGCGACUAGUGCUUUAUCACAAACUGAUAUCGCUGAUAUGCAGAGUCGUGUUGGUGGUAGCCGUAUGAGCCGUAUGACCGGUGGGUUGGCACCUGAGGAUGAAGAGGUUUUUGAAUAUUACGAUGAUAGUAAAUGCAAAUGGAUCCCGCUAUCAAUCCGUAAUGCACUUCAAGAAAUGGUUCAUGUUGAACUAUUGAAAGAACCAGUAAUGGUGUUGCUUUGUUUAUCGAAUUUGUUUGGAAUGCUUGGAUUCUACGUACCGUUCAUGUUUUUAAUCGAUAUGGCUGGUGAAAAGAACAUUCCUAAAGAGAAAGCCUCAUUGUUACUAUCUGUGAUCGGUAUUACUAACACACUCGGACGUAUUGUCUCUGGCUGGUUAGCAGAUCGCGGAUGGGUUUCAGCACUAACCAUCAAUAAUUUUUCGUUGCUAUCGUGCGGUGUUCUCACAUGCAUAUGUCCAAUGUUACCCAAUUUCAUGGCUCUCUCAGUCUACGCAGUUUUGUUCGGUUUCAUCAUUUGGGGUAUUCAACGUAAAAUUUCUUCCCAGUUUAAUAAAUGCAUCUUUGAGUUACGAGUGUUAAUCAAACGCUUUUUCGUAAGCAAGCGUCAAGUUCAAAAGACUGAUGUCAGAUUGAUCAUUUUCAUAAUCAGCUUGUUAUUUUCAGCUGCAUAUGUUUGUUUGACAUCAAUUGUGUUAGCCGAUUUACUUGGACUUGAACGCCUCACGAAUUCUUUCGGCCUAUUAGUCGUAAGUCGUGGAAUUGCAUCGCUCUUAGGCACGCCUAUAGCCGGCAUGGUCUACGAUAUAACUAAGUCAUAUGAUGCGUCGUUUUAUUUCGCUGGUGGCCUGAUAAUUUCUGCGGGACUCGUUUCGUGCGCAAUUCCCUACUUACAUCGACAAAAUAAGGACAAAGUCGCUCUCGACGGUGAAGAGCAAAAAGAUGCGGAUGCUCAGUCAGGAAAACUAUCGGUGUUAACAGAACAUUCUGAAGAGAAUCUAACCGAGUAUCAGCGGACAAUUCAAAGUUUACGUCAGCAACAGAAAUUAUUGUCUGAAUAUGAUGAAGAACGCAAACGUAAAACGAAGCAACCUCGUCCAGUUUCAGAAGUCAAUGAAGAUGAGGAUGACGAUGAAGAUGAAGCGAAAGGUGAUCGGUCGGCUGCCAAGCCACUCAUAGAUUCAGCAACAGCUCAUUAG